UUCAGCACAGAUGUUUCAUAAGUGUAUCACGAGAAAACAAAACUCACAUAGAAAAAACACGGCUCAAAACUGCAAUUAAUAUAACUGUUUUAUUUAGAUCCAUAAAAAUGAUUAUUUUUGUUAUUCUUUUGGUAAUUUGUGAGCUUAUUGUCUCUUUAAACGGGCAAACGCUUGAAAUUACCCUUGUUGCAGACACCGCCACUAGAACAUCAUUCACAGUUCUAGUAACAGAUACGACUAGCACAAUUACCACUUUCUUGACUACAGGAACCAGCCCAGACUUGAAAGCCACCGACAAAGGAGAUCCGCCUACAGAUAGCACUCAGUAUGCAGACUCCGGAACUGAAAAUGAGUUCACGUUUGAUGCUCUCGAAACCGGUCAUUGUUAUGAAAUCUCAUCAACUACCUACAGUGCAACUACCCCGCCCUGGCCCAUUUUCUGUACUAAUUUCGGACUAGCCAGUUUCUCGAAAGGUAUUGACAAUGUGGUACUUGAAAGAACUCUGGACGAGACACUAGAGAUCACCAAAUUCGAAGUCCUUUAUGAAUCACCUUCGGGUGAGGCGACAGAAACAGCCGAGGACGCAUCUCUGCAGAAUAUUGAGUUGAAUGUGAAUAUUAUGAGCAGAUUUGAUACGUUCGGCACUGUCACUGUUGAUAUUGGAGGCGUUGAUCAUGAAAUGUUCGCUUUCGGAUCUUUCUGCAAAAAGCCUGGAACUGCCUCUGUCUCUUACGUGCCAGGUAGUGCCCAGAAUACCCUGGUCGAAGUGAAUUCCGUCAGUCCCAAUGGCAAUGGGUUCGAGCAGAGACUGGAGAGAUCCCUACUGAAGCCGGAGGAAAUGCGAGAAUCAGCAGACUCAAGAACAAGAACGAAGGUGGUGAAGAAAGGAAUGGCAAGCAGAGACGUGUCACCAAAUCUGAAGAAAAAUGAAGAAGAGCCAGAAAGCAUUAGGCCAUUAGAAAAUCUGGCAAAAGCAGCAUCGGACUGGAAAUUACACAGAAGACAUCUCACACACAAGGAGGGAUCCGAGGCAUUGAGAAAACUGACCGAAAGAAACCCAUUACUAGCAGCAAGCCUCAGAUGCGACUUGAACCAAGGAACUCUAAGAUUCAGAGUAGAACAAGAGAUACCAGAACAAAGGACAAAAAGAAACACCAGCCGCAAGCACACCGAGGAAACCAUCACACCAGUGCAGCUGAAGUGGAACAAACAGACCAGAUCACAUAUUGCCGAGACCAGAUGUUUCACCGGUUUCAACGUCAUCAGAGAAUUCAGACACGGAAAACACGACAUUGGACAGGCCAUUCGAGAAAUUGGACAGACUGCAAGCUAA